UCCUCUGUUCUCCUGCUGCUGGAUUACUGCGUUGUGUCCGUUGUCCUCGGCUGGACCUCCAGGCAGCGAGGGAGGAGGAGGUCCACCAUGGCCGAGCCGCUGCUGAGGAGAACCUUCUCCCGGCUGAGAGGCAAAGACAGAACGCGCAGGAAGACUGAGCCCAAACUGAGCGAUGUUCCAGUCAAGUCUGACACGGUCCCGCAGACCUCUUCAUCACCAUCAUCACCAACAGUGACUACGACGACGGCGACAAGAACGCCGGCAGCCGCAGACCCUGAACCCCCCUCGCCCCCCCGCAACCACAUCACAGUAGCCAAGAAACAGCAGUGGGCUCGACAGGGUUCUGGGGCCCCGACCAGCACCCUGCCCUCAGGCCCCGCCCCCAGAAACCCUGACAGGGACCGGGCGUCAGGAAAAACCCAGGAUGCAUCUGGGCAGGCCUGGAGUCAGAGGCUGACACAGGACAAGACAGAGCAGCGGGGCGACAGGACAGGCAUCAGUCAUACCUGGGACAAGACGAGUCCCUCCAGUGUUCCUGUCAGUUCUUCAGUACAGCAGAACGCCUCCCAGCCAACAGGGGUCUCCAUUGAGGCACCUACCACCUCCAACAGCAACAAGUCCGGUCAGCGUGCCUACUUGCAGAGUCUGGACCGCAGCAGCCGAGCCUGGGUACUGUCAUCAGGAAAGUCACAGGCUUCAGACGAGGCCUGUGGGCUGCAGGAGGAGAGCAGCAACAACAUCUGGUACAACCCAAUCCCUGAGGAGGAGGACGCAGCAGGGCCACGCAGAGAGGACGUGUGGAGGAGGAGGGACAACCAGGAGGAGGGAGGGUCUACCCGAGCAGAGAGGGCAGGAGUGUGGGUUGAACCAGCAGACGGUCGAAGUAAUGUCUGUCCACUGGAGGGCACCAAUCCCAGCGUCAGUCACCAUAUUGAUGACAUCACGGUCACGGAAAACACAGACCCCGCCCCCUCUGAAUCCAGCCCCGCCUCCCAGAAGAAAGGGAGCGUGUCCGGCAGCGUGAUGGACAGGCUGAGGUCUCCAGGUACAGUGAGGAAGCUCUCCCUAAAGAUGAAGAAACUUCCCGAGCUGCGACGCAAACUCAGCCUUCGCUCUUCAUCUCGCGCCAGUCGCCAGGGAAACGACACCAGAGGGGGCGGGGAUGAGUCGACCAGUAAGAAUACAACAUCAUCAUCUGCGCUGUCCAACCAGAAUGUGAUCAGCAGAUAUCACCUCGAUAGCUCCACCCCUCCUGCCCGACCACUGCGACGAUCAUCGAGAGGACGCUCCGCCAGUAAAGGAGGUUAUCUCAGUGAUGGAGACUCGCCCGAACUGCUGCCACGGCAACAGGCUCCUCCUCCAGCAACCUCCCAGGAAACAGUGUGUGACAUCAGUUCAUUCCAGCUGUACGUUGGCUCUGACCCGCCGCGAGGCAGCCAACGGGUGACGGGAUUACUGACCGUCCAUCUGCUGGGUCUGGAGGAGAUGAAGACCAGCAGGUCGGAGGGCAGUAAGGAGGUCUUCCUGGCCAUCCAGAUUGACGGCGUCACCAGAGCAAGAACCGCCCUCCUGACCCUACGAGGCCCCGCCCUCCCGUUAAACCACGCCUUCCACUUGGAGCUGGAGCGAGCGCGGCAGCUGCGCAUCAUUGUGUUAACACCAGCCAAUCCGCAGGCAGUGGGCGGGGCUAAGCCUGAGACCGAUCAGGGUCAGACUUCAGGUCGUCCAACCAGAAACAGAGUCUGUUGUCUGGGCGGAGUCUCCAUCCCUCCUCUAUUUAAAGGGAGUCGCAGUCAGCAGCUCUGUGUGAAGCUGGAGCCCAGAGGUCUCCUUUAUGUCAAACUGUUGCUGCAGGAAAAAUGGGACACACAGCCCAGCAAUGACUCAUCAUCACCAGGUAAUGUGUUUGGAGUUGAGCUGCACCACCUGGUGGAGAAAGAAGGAUCUACAUGUCCAAUCCCUCUGCUGAUCCAGAAGACUGUGGCAGAGAUAGAGCGACGAGGCCUGAAGGUGGUGGGUCUGUACAGACUUUGUGGUUCUGCUGCAGUGAAGAAGGAGCUCAGGGAUUGGUUUGAGAGGAACAGUUCGGCUGUCUGUCUCAGUGAGGACUUGUACCCCGACGUCAACGUCAUUACAGGUAUACUGAAGGACUACCUGCGAGAGCUGCCAUCUCCGCUCAUCACCAGGAACCUGUACCAGGUCGUCAGGGAAGCCAUGACCUUACGACCCCCACCUGCAACCCCUGAUCCUCAGCUGGCUCAGAGCACUGUGGAGUUGCUGUCCUGCCUGCCACCACCAGAGAGGGCCACUCUGUCUCUCCUGCUCAACCACCUCAGCAUGGUCGCGUCCCUCAGCUCGUCCAACAGGAUGACGCACCAGAACCUCGCUGUCUGCUUCGGCCCGGUCCUCCUCACCCCAACCCAGGAGGCCUGGAGGGGAGGAGGAGGAGGAGGAGGAGGAGGAGGGGGAGGAGGGGGAAGGGGAGGAAGAGGGAAGGGUUUCGGUCAUGGUGAAGAGAUAGCGAGUGCAGUGGAUUUCAAACGUCACAUUGAGGCGUUGCACUACCUGCUGCAGCUGUGGCCAGUGCCAACCGAGCGAGUCACAGCAGACGUCUGUAUUGACGUCUCACCACCACCCUCCCCCACCCUUACCCAUAACCCCCUGGGCCAGCAGCAGCAGCAGCAGCAACGGCGUCCUGUUCUGCGAUUGGCUCUGCCCCAGAAUCCCGAGGAGGUGGUGGUGUCACGUCGCGGGCGAGGCGGUCUAGCCCGGCUGGAGAGUCCACCACCGAUUAACCGGUACGCUGGAGACUGGAGCAUCUGUGGACGAGACCUUCUGUCUGGACAGGAGGCGGAUUAUGACGAGGUGGCAGGAAGUGAGAGUGAUGGAGGCAGUGGGGAUGAAGAGGAGGAGGAGAAGAAGGAGGCGUGGUUGUCAGGAGGAGGAGGAGGAGGAGGAGGUCUCUACGUGGACGACUUUAUGGAUUUUGAUGCUCCAUUUAACUGUCGACUCAGCCUGAAGGACUUCGACACUCUAAUCCACGACCUGGAUCGAGAGCUGGCCAAACAGAUCAACAUCUGUCUGUAGAGGAGGAAGAGGAGGAAGAGGAGGAAGAUGAGGAAGAGGAGGAAGAGGAGGAAGAGGAGGAAGAGGAGGAAGAGGAAUUACAGCCUGUGCCAAAAAUAAAAACAAAACUAGAUUAAUUUAUUUCUCUGAUCCAAAGGUAGACGUAGCUUCAGUGUUAAUAUGAAGGAGUGCUGAUGUGGCUUCAGAGGAGGAUGCAGGUGUUGCCCUUCUGAAGCCUCUGAUGUGAACUUGUUUUGGGUAUCAGGGUAGGAUCGUGUUAAACGGGACCGUUUGCACUGUUGAAGCCAUAAUUUCACCUGGUGAAACUUUUAGUUGAUGUGAACAAAUUGCAGAAUGUGUCGCUCUGCUGCUUCAUCCAAUCAGAAUCUGUUCUGUUUCUGGCUGAAAUGUUUUUAUACUUAUUUUUCUGUGUGUUGAGCAAUUUUUGAACGUGAUGUUUAGGUGACGCAGAGUCCGAAAAAGUCACAGUUAGAAAAUAUUUCUGUACUUUAGUGUUCCCUCACAAGGAACAUCAAUGAUAUUUUCAAAUGCAGGUAUGAAAAGGUACAAAAUGAUUUUGUGUUUUGAAUUCUUUCAAAAUGCACUGCAGCAUUUCAGAAAUGUGUGAGUCCAAAAACACUUGAGGCACUGAUAACGGCCUCAUGCACACAGGGCUGGGUUGACUAAAGUAUUCUGU